AAUGAUAAAAUUUAUAUUCAUUUAUUUGUUGGCUAUGAAACAUUUCAUAAGUAUUUUAUUAAUUGCUACACUAAGCGGCAGUGUGCCCAUGGAGAAAUGGCAUAGAAGCAGUGAUGAAAGUUUAUACUACAUCGAAACGGAACCAAAGUACAAUUGGUUUGAAGCUUGGAAUGAAUGUGCCCGUAAAAAUAUGUCCUUAAUGGCCAUAGAUACUUUCUACAAACACACACAAAUCGAUACUUUACUCCGAAGACUAUUUCCAACUUCACCCUCAUUUUGGUUAUCCGGCCAUGAUAAUGCUGUUGACAAACGUUACGAAUGGGCUACUAGCGGUGAAGUUUUCAGUUUCACUAAUUGGGGUCCUGGACAACCGGAUCGUUUAAAUAAUAACGAACAUUGUAUAUUAAUUUGGCAAAAUACAUGGCAGUGGUAUGAUUUACCUUGUUCUCACAAACUGGGGUUUUUAUGUGAAGAAAAUAUUUUUCUAAAGGAAAUGAAUAAGGAAUUGUCAACAUUGAAAGAAAGUUGUUUGAGUAAUGGCUGUAAAUGUAAUAAUGUUGUUUUAAAUAUCAAUAAAAAUUAAACGACUGGAACGAUUUUUUUUAGAUCAGAGCCACAAGUGGUAAUAUAAACCACAUUAUCUAG